AUGUCUUAUCUACAUUUGGCAUCAACUGCCAAUUCAUCAACAUCAUCAUCAUCAACAACACCAUCAUGUUUUUUCAAUGUAAACACUAAUGGUGGAGUUUCAACAGUACCAACAUCAAUACCAUCAAAUUCAUCAUCCCUACUUGGAUCUAUCGGUGGUGGAAAACAUUGGACAACUAUUGGACAACCAUCAUCAACAUUAACACAACAAUUAUUAAUGAAACAACCAAAUUUUCUUAAUGUUCAACAAACAACAUCAUCACCAUUAUCAUCAUCAUCAUCACAUUUUGAUAAUAUUCUUGGAUCAUCAUCUUCUCAGACUCAAAUUGAAAAAAAUUUUGAAUUACAACAAGAAGAUUUUCCACCAUUACCACAUCGAAAUACAUUUCAUGAAUCAACAUCAUCAUCAACACUAAAUAUUCCAUCACAUCAUCAAAAUCAAAUAUCAUCAACAAUAUCAAAUGGAUAUAAUUCAACACAAACACAACAUUCACAAUCACAAUCACCUGUAUCAUUUAAAUCAUCUAUUGAUGCAUUAAGUACAUUAAUAAGUCGAUAUCAAGUAUCAGUUAAUAAUAAAUCAUCAACAUUAUCAAAUAAUUCUACAAAUGGUUUACCAUCAUCAACAAUAACAGAUCAAUAUGGUCUUGUUGGUCUUUUACAAAUGAUUCAACAAGCUGAAAAAAAUCCAGAUUCAUCAAUGUUACUUAAUUUUGAUUUAACAACACUUGGACUUAGUAUGGAAAGUACGAAUGAUUUACAUCCAUCAUUUAUUUCUCCAUUUUCUGAUAGUCAAGCUCGUGCAUAUGAAAUCGAUUAUCAAGUACCAUUUGAAUAUCAAAUGGGUAUGCAAAUACGUGAAAAAUUACCUCAAGUGAAUUUUUCAACAUUAAAUGAAGAUACAUUAUUUUUUUUAUUUUUUUUAUUUGGUAAUGAUUAUGUGCAAUUAUCAGCUGCAAAUGAAUUAUAUAAACGUGAUUGGCGUUAUCAUAAAGAUGAACGUAUAUGGUUAACACGAAUAAAAAAUAUAAUGCCCGAUCAAAAAUAUGAUACAUAUGAAACAGGUGUUUAUUGUGUAUUUGAUGUACAACUUUGGCGUAAAACACAUAAAAGUAUGCGAAUUGAUUAUGAUAAAUUAGAUGGUCCUGUUGUAAAACAACAUUCAGAUUUACUUGCAUCAAAAUUUCUUCAACAACAAUAUACACCUAUAACAUCAACUACUGCAUCUCUAGGAUUAAUUGGUGAUGUUGCAGAUGUUAAUACUACUACUGUUGGAGGUACUGUUCUUGUCGGUGGUGGUGAGGAUGUUGAUCAAGCUUUUCAAUGGAUGAUCCAGAAGGCAGGUGGUGGCGACUUUGUUGUGCUUCGAGCUUCUGGUACUGAUGCAUACAAUAGCUAUAUUUAUAAAUUAGGUUCUAUAAAUUCUGUUGAAACUCUACUUAUUGACUCUCGUACUUUGGCUAAUGAUCCUCAAGUUGAAAGAACAAUCUUAAAUGCUGAAGCUAUAUUUAUUGCUGGUGGUGAUCAAGCAGACUAUGUUAACUUUUGGAAGGAUACUAAAGUACAUCAUGCACUUGAUUAUUUGCGUAAUGUCAAACAAAUACCAGUUGGUGGUACUUCGGCGGGUUGUGCGAUUCUAGGUGGUACUUAUUUCGGAGCUCUUCAAGGAACAGUUACUUCAACUGAAGCUCUUAAUAAUCCUUAUAUUAAUCUUGUUACUCUUGGUCAUAAGGAUUUUCUUAAUCAACCAUAUCUUUCUGAUGUUGUUACCGAUUCUCAUUUUGAUAAUCGCGAUCGUCAUGGUCGUCUUACAACGUUUCUUGCUCGUAUGAGUCAUGAUCAUGGUAUAUUAGCUCGUGGUAUCGGACUUGAUGAAUCAACUGCUGUCUGUAUUGAACCGAAUGGUAUUGGAAAAAUAUAUGGUUCUGGAUUAUUGGCUAAAUUGUAUAGUGUCCAAGUCAUUAAGGUUGCUGUUGUUUCAUGA